AUGAGAACUAGGUCGACAGAAUAGGCAAUGUCCAAUUUUUUGGACUAUUCGAGUAGCAGUAUUUAGUUGGCAUAGAAUUACAAAUCUAACAACGUUUGACCAAAAUUAGUCUGAUUAUGAGUUUUACUGAAGAAAGAUAGUUUGCAGAAGCUUGGAUAACAAGUCAGACGGACAUAAAAUUGACAUAUGGCAAAGGAAAGCAGUUAAGAUGGCUGAUAAACAUAGUUUGAACUAUGACGUGCGGGAGCUUAAGCUGGGUGCAAGCUUUACAAACAAUAAAGCUUCUCAGUAUCAUACAAUCAAAUAUGAUUUUAAACCGGCAUCUGUUGAUAUGAAUAAAAUGGCUACAGUGGAUGUUGGAACGAACAAUCAAGUUACUGUGACGGUGCCCCAUUUAGAUGGUGCUGGAGUCCCUCAGACAGUAUUUAAAGGUAGCCAACGGCCCUAUACAAAGGAAUGUGUGCUCAUUAUAGACAGGGUCACUGGGGAGAUUACGUUGGAGAAGCUCUCUAGUAAUAUACAAGUGAAGAAGACUAGACAAGAAACGACACAGAAACCACGACCACUCACGCCGGUCACCACAGACUUUACUAAUACAACGCAGCGGUCCACGUCUCGUACUAGAGUGGCCACAAAUCGUCGCACGAAUAAUAAUGCUAAUACAGCUAGCGUUGUCCAGCCAAGCGCUCAGUCUCGGUUCAACAAUAGCGGAGCUCAGAAACCCGUGCAGAAUAUGGUGAGGUCCCCACCGCGUGUCAAGUCGUCACCUCCACAGGCUCCAUGGUCGGGCGGCGGAAACAGCACGCUGGCGUCGCUUCCUAUGAUAGGGCUGGACGACGCGCCCGCGUCGCGCAGCCCCGACCCGCCCGUGCCGCGCGCCACGCACGCCACGCACGCGCCGCACGUGCCGCUCGCGCCGCACGUGCCGCACUCGCCACACGUGCCACACGUGCCACUCGCGACGCACGCGCCACACGUGCCGCUCGCCGGCCACGGCAACCUCGCGACCGCGCCUCUUGCGCACGCCCCGCUCCCUGCCGCCGCGCCCCCGCCCGCUUCGGUCGCGUCGCAAGAUGACAGUUCGUCGAGUUCGUCGAGCGACAGUGACAGCGACAGCGGAAGCGGAAGCGAUAGCGACGACAACGAUUCCUCUGCUGCAUUGCCUACACUUACCAAUGGUAAUGUCAGCAAUCCGGCACUGCCCAGCGACGUGCUAAACGACGAUCUCUGUCUCUCCGAGUCGGGCAGCGAUUCCGACUGACCUCACCGAAAACUCUUUCCGUUAUUCGAUUACGGAGAUAUCUUAUAAAGCAUCUCGUACUUCGAACGCAUUAAACUUGGCAAGCGUCACACGAACACCACCCAUUCGUACACGUUGCCAGCUUAGUUGAUCCUUGCCAGGUUUUAAGGAAAAUAUACUUAAGUGGCGAUACGAAUAUCACAAUCACGCAUUAAACGAUAUCACUGUUAUAUCCAUCGUUUUUAGGAAAAUAUAAUAUCGCCGGUGUGACGUCACAUGAAACGUGCCUCAAUUGAAUAGAGAUAUAUUUUUUAUUUUAUGCCAAUAUUUUUAAACAAUUUAGUCUUAAGGUUCUAUUGUUUGUUUGAUAGAGUUGUCGUAAUAACAUAAAAAAGUAUAUUAUACGUGGAUUAUACCUAUUAAAUGCGAGUAUAUCACUAUAUAUAUACCUACUGCAAAAGUAUACUGUAACUUGCCGAAUAUGCUACAAGAUCGUGUAUAUAUAAGGUUAUUUAUUGCUUACCUAUUAUAUACUUAAUGAAAUAUUUGAUAUAAAAAUAAUAUAUUAUGGCGUUGAACGAAAUCUGAAAAAAUUGUGCCUUUGAAAUAUAGAAGCAAAUUGUAUAUACAUUUCAUAUCAAAUUAAUAAUAUCCGUUUUUUAAAACCCAUACUGAAGUAAAAAAAAAUAGCAAAUUAAUGAAAUGUACUGUAAAUUUUUUAUCACUAAUCCUACUAUAAAUGUAUAAAAUAAUUUCCUUGUAAAGACAUUACAUAUUAAAAAAAAUUCUAAAGGUUUGCCGCCAAUUUUCUCAUAACCUUUUUUUGGGAUAAAUAUGUUGAAAUAGCACCUUGUAUCGAAGUUUUGGCGGGAAUUUGACUACUGGCGAAUUGCUGCUCUUGUAUUAACAUUUAAAUAUGGUGAAGUGGGUUUUCAUAUAUAAAAGUGGUGCGAUUUUGUGUAUUAAAUGUGAAUUAUUAGGGGAAACGAUGUAACAAGUGCUUUGAUGAGAUGGUGAUAAAAAUCUCAAAUUUUUUGUCGGCUUGCGCGCCUUAUAAUAUAUUGUCAUUAUCUGUCUAUCAUUACUAACUAUUACUGUAAACUGUUAUCAUAAUCCCUCAAAACUUCUAUAUAAUUUAAUAAUUUUUUCAUAACUUGAUUGUUCACAAAGUUAUGAAAAAAAUACUAGGCUGUAUGGUUUGUAACAUAUUGUUUAUAAUAUAUUACAAACCAUACAGCCAAUAUUACAAUCUUGUUUAUAAUUUAUUAUUCGGCCUAGUUUUUAUGAUUAUUAAUAAUAUCGCACGGAUAUUCCUUAUGUUCGAAAGAGGAAUUACUUUUAAAUAAAUAUAUAGUGGUUUAUUACAAAAAUGUUGCUCAAAACUAUAUCCCUUACUUUUGGUUAAACAAUUGCUAAUUUAUUUUAUUCUAAUAAGUUCUAGAACGUUGAUUGGUUAUAUAUUAUGUUUUUUUUUUAUUUCUAGAAUAGAAAAUCAUGAGCUACAUUUUGACCUAAUUAAAACAAUGUCUAGUGAUCAGAACUAAAUUAAAGUCCGCGCGUUCUAUCGUGGUCGGGCUAAAGUUUCCGAGACAUUCGUGCAUGUACAGACGCUAGUCUAUAAAGAUGUGCCACCUUAUCGCUCCUAAGAUUCUAAGAUCUAUAUGGUUUAUAGAAUAAAUUGAAAAUGUUUAUUAUAAUGAAAUUAUCUUUAUGUAUUUCAAUAAAACAACAGAAUCUAAUAAAGAAUUACUAUAAACAGUUUGAAUAUAUACCAUGAUAUGAUGGCGGGGACCACCAAUUCUUUCAGUAACCCCAAAAUAAAAUAACUUAAAAUUCUUCAGUAAAAUCUUUAAUGUACAUCAUCAUAAUCACUGUAUUUAAAACGACAUGUUGCAUUUACAUACCAAUGAAACAUAAAAAAUAUAAAAUAAAAUCGAAUCAUAAAUGAUAAUAAUCGAUUAUUUAUGUACUUGUAACUGUGCAAUAUACGUAUUCACAUCUCUAGAUUUAGUUACCGCCCACCCUCCCUCUCCCCCUCUCCCCUUGUCACCAAUUUGUUCCUAAAACUAUAUUUGCUCAGUAAUCUGCGCCUAACUUCAGCCCGGCCAAGAUACAACGCGCGGACCGUAUACUUUCUUGAAGUUAUCUAACGAAAGUCACGGAUUUUUUAAAUAUUUUAAGUGUAAAACAUAGUUUCAGGACAGAUUCCUUUAAUUUAUUUUUGACUUACUAGUUUUGUCACAUAUCUAGUAAAGUACACAUGUCAGAUUUAUAAAACCACUGGUGUUUUUUUUAUAAUACGUCUUUCUCUCUUUGGAGGGAAUUCUUGUGAACGAACCCACAAUCAAUAUUUAUUCUUUCUUUCGUGUUAAGGCUAUCUGAAUAAUAUAAUAUAUAUAAUAAAAACGUUUAUAUAAAUGAGUAUAAUAUAUAUAUGUGUAUUUUUGUGCCAAAAAUAUUUUAAUUUGGGUUGUACAAAUGUUAUGAAAUAUUUAACUAAAGAGAUUUUUCUGACGGUUGGUAGGUACUGUGGCGUCUAUCUAAACCUUUUAACUAAAUCUUUAAAUUUAAUCGAACAAGGCUGUAUGGCCAGGACUUUCGCCUUAAAUGGCGAUCAGACAGGCACAGACAAAAAAUCAACUAAAUUAAACAAGUCGAAAAUAGUAUGAAAGCCAUCAAUAGAAUAAGAAAAAUAAAGAUGUAUUAAUGUAUUUCAUUAGUCGCUAUUAAUUAUUAAAAUAAAACAUAAGAAUUUUUGUAACGCCUUAAAGUUAACAAAGGUCCAAUCCAUUUGUAUAUUGUUUAAUUAUUGUCUCUGACCAUACCCAGCCUUUUAUUAUCAUGGGAAGAAUAAGUUGGAUGUUUUAAAAUCAUCAAUAAUUCUUUAGUGUUUUUAUAAUACAAACAAUUUUUACUAGCUAUCAGUUAUUACUGGUCAGCCCAAUUCGAAAUCUCAUAUAUUUACUUCUGGCAAUACUCACAUUAUGUGUAUUUAUGGGUACAAUGAAAAAUAUGCGUUAAUUUAUUUCCAUAAACUUAAUGAUACUCCAUGUUGUAUUUUAUUUCGUUUGAAUAAUUGUUUCCUGCUAUUAAGUUUUAAAAGUAAAAUAUUUUUAUUAAACUGUAACUAAAAAUU